GCCAUUUUGAACACGAUGUCUACCUCCGAAGCAGCAAUGCAAAAUGCUGAGUUACGUAGAGCUCACGAAGAGGUCGACGUGGAAAACGGUGCUUCAAAUUUGAAGCGGAAGAGAGCGUCUUCCCUCAAUGGUCGGUCCCGUCAUCAGUGGAAGUUAUGGUGAGAGAAAUCCCCCUUGAAUUAGAACCCUCGGCCUGCAAACCCAUUUGUUGUUUUCUUAGGUAUGAUUGUCAUCAAAGUAGAUCAGAGAAGCUUUCCAUCACUUCAAGUGACCCGUCAGAUAGUCUUGGCCGUAUAUUGAACGGAGUUCAGUUGUUAGACCUCACAGACCAGUUUGUGGCCAAACCGGCUGAGUCAUAUGAGGAACCGGACGGCCAGUUUUCAUGAACCCGUUCUUACUACUUGCGCAGCAACGUACAGAACCGUAACUCGUGCUAGCAUAGUUUGAACACUGCCCGUUAGUAUGAUUCAUUGAUUCCAGGAAGCGCAAUGUUUGCCUGGAGAAAACGACCCUUGCAAACAGACACAAAAAAUUAAAAAAAAAAAAACAAUAAAACAUUACAAAAAGUCGCCAAAGGGGGUACUGUAAAAUAGAAAAAGAUAGGGUUACCAAAACAGGUGCCCUGAUUGGUCGAAAUGCAAUAUUGCUAUAAAAGCAAUAGACCACACUUUCUAUUGGUUUACCACCUAUGCCUCUGGCUAACUAUAUCUAAUAUCUGUCUUAUUUUAGGCUCUUGAGGAAUUAUACUUAUUCACAAGGUUGCCUGACAUUGCUUAAUGAAAUUGUGGAACAUGCUGCAAGAGAGAGAGACAGCCUGGGAAUAGAUAUCUCUGCAAGUUGUCAAUUUUUCGGGGAACUCAUUAAUCUUUUGUGGGGUGAUAGAGUCAAGAAAGUCAAAAGAGGUCAAAGAAUUGAUAGAAAGGCCUAUGUGCUGAAUUUAACUCGGAAACAAGGACAAACUGUGCAGCCUCCAGACUAUGACGUGACAAAUGAUUUUGAACAGUUGGCUAAAGAUGAUACAUUCAUGCUACCAACAGGUUGGUUUAGGGUUGUGGACAAUCCUUGUAGAAUUUGCUUUAUACAUCCUGAGCCUUGGGAAUUUGGAAACCAGCGGAUUUAUAAAGAGAUUGUGAUGGAAUUAUCUCCUGAGAAAAAUGUAUCUUACUCUGUCAAGUCUCGUUCAUGUGAGCUCCAUUUGUCUACCCUGAAUAUUGAAAGAAUUGUCAAAGAGCUAACUGUUCAUGAACAAGCUAAGCUUGUAUUGGAUUUUAUAGACACUUCUAAAUUAUGUCUGGGGUGCAGUCUUUCUGAUGAUGACUCAAGUGUGUCUCCAAUUCUGCAUCAAACUGGAGUCCUAAAGUCUUUAAACAACAAUGAAGUUCCAAUGCAAAAUAGAGCUUUUUCUUCAAAGUGUCAGUUGUUUGUCUGUCAUGCUGGAAAACCUUGUUCCAAGUGCACUGGUGUCUCGUUGAGUUACAAGAGAAGGAAAUGCAGAAGAGAAGCAAGGGAAUCCAUUCACAAGCAUUGCAACAAAAGAUAUCUCACAAAAGAUGAAAUACUCCAACAGUUGCAAGAGCAGAGAAAAUUGAAUAGGAAGCAUGAUCAAGAAAAAGAAGGUGAUCAAAAUUCAGGAAGUGAGGAUGAAAAAAGCAAUUCAAAUAGUGAUUCUGGAAAUGAAGAGGAAAAAGAGUAACAUGAAAUAUUAAAAUAAGACUUACCAUUUUGAACUUCUUCUGACAAUCAUUGUAAAUGUUUUUGUUUGGGUUGGAAAAAUGUUACACAUGUAAUGAUUUUCAUUUUGUUUGCUGCCAUUUUGGAUUAGGAUGAUUGAGGAGGCCUAGAUGGAAUCCUCAAAAGCCAAUUAGGAGGUGAUAGAAAAAAGGUUAUUUUGACUUAAUUAGCAGCAAAAGUUGCUAAUUUGGUGUCUUAUAUACAUUGUUGUAAAAUAAAGUCUCUUAUUACAAAUCUGUGAUAACACCUGGAAUGGUCCAAUACCAGCAGGAGCAUCUUACCAUUUGAAUUUUAACUGUGGGUGUGAAUACUUGCCUUGAGAUUAGUUAAAAAGCAGUUUGUCAGCAAGCAACUUGUUUCUUUGAAAAACUGGUUCAUGAAUAAUUGUGAUUCCACAAAACUGAUUACAAUGAAACAACUACAAC